UGAGAGCGCCGCGCGCGCGUCCUCCCGAGCCCGGGCUGUGGGUGCGGGGGCUUGGGGAGGAGGCGCGGGGUGGCAACUUGCAAAGCCGAGCAGCGGCGCGGACGGCGGGACUCGGGGCAUGGCCCAGCUGUCCGUGAUCCCGGGGUCGGCCACUGCGUGGACUGGGCUCCUGACCGAGGGCGGCCGCAAGGAGACGGACCUGCGGGAGGCGGCGUCGCUGCGGCAGCAGCGCCGGAUGAAGCAGGCCGUGCAGUUCAUCCACAAGGACUCGGCCGACCUCCUGCCCCUGGACGGCCUCAAGAAGCUGGGCUCGUCCAAGGACACGCAACCGCAUAACAUCCUGCAGAGGCGCCUCAUGGAAACCAACCUUUCUAAGCUCCGAAGCAGUCGUGUCCCGUGGGCCUCCAAGACCAACAAACUCAAUCAGGCUAAGUCUGAGGGACUGAAGAAGUCUGAGGAUGAUGAGAUGAUUUUGGUUUCUUGCCAGUGUGCUGGAAAGGAUGUGAAAGCCCUGAUUGACACAGGCUGUCAAUAUAAUCUCAUCUCUUCAGCCUGUGUGUAUAGACUGGGACUCAAGGAGCAUGUCAAAUCUCACAAGCAUGAAGGAGAGAAGCUUUCUCUUCCCCGGCAUCUGAAAGUAGUGGGGCAGAUUGAGCACCUAGUGAUCACACUGGGCUCCCUUUGCCUGGACUGCCCAGCAGCGGUGGUUGAGGACAAUGAGAAGAACUUAUCCCUUGGUCUCCAGACUCUCCGAUCUUUGAAGUGCAUCAUAAACUUGGAUAAGCACCAGCUGAUCAUGGGGAAAACAGACAAAGAAGAAAUCCCUUUUGUGGAGACAGUUUCUUUGAAUGAAGACAACACUUCAGAAGCAUAACUACAGCCUGCAGCAUAUGCACACACACCAGGUUGACAGAUUGAGGAAACUGGGUUUGAACCAAAUGCAGUAGCAACUUGCUGUGGACCAAGUCCUUUUCUCUAAUAGAAGCUCCAGGGCUCCUUCCCACCCAAACCUCUCUAGACUUUAGUCUGUGCUUAGAGAUCCUGUCUGAUUAUAGCCAUUGUUUUUUACUCCUUUGAUCACUUAAUUUCUAGACCUUUUUGACACUGCCAGGUCUCACUUGUGGCCUAUUUUUAUGCUUCUUCCAGGAAUUUGCUUUUAUUUGUCAAAUAUAGGAGCUGCCAGGUUCCAUUUCUCCAUAAGUACACUUGCUUCUUUUCCUAUAGCUAAAAUGUAUAAUAAACAGGAACCUGACCUUUAUCUCCUUUCAGCUGUUUCAGAGAGGUGCAGGAUGCCUGUGUCUCAGAAUCAAUAUUUCUUCUCAUUCAUUCAUUGAUUUCUCAAGUAUGGAUAGAGCUGAAAUCUAAAAGAGCCCAGAAACAUCAUAUAAAGUUCCAGAGAGGCAAGUGAAUUGCCUAAGCUCAUAUAUGGAGUCAGUGGCAGAAGGGACCUAGAACUGAGACCUGAUAAGCCAAGGCUAUGUUCAUUCUCCCUUACUACUUCAUUUGUAUUCCAGCCUUGAGAGGAAGAUGAAGAAAUGAGGGCUUGUUAAAAGGUAGGGUAGGAGAAGAGUAUGCUUUGGAGAUGGAUGCAAGAAGAAUCUGGGUAGAUCUCCUUCCUGUGUGCUAAGCCCACUAAAAGUCCCCCCACCCAAAUUGACACUUUUAGGACCUUAUCUUAGUGCCUAAAAGCUGAGGGUACAAAGAUCAAUGAGAUAGUCUUUCAUGUGGAAUUUUUUGGAGGGGAGGAGGAGAAGGAACCACAGACAGAGAACAUUAAUUACUCUCUCGGAUGGAAUUGAAGCCUUCAGUAAAUAAUCUGGGCAUCAUUGUUAGACAUUAAUAUUCCCAAGAUCCAGUCACUAUCUCUGUAUAGACUCUGGAUCUUUGUCUGCCAUGGACUCAAGUAGCUGAGAACAGGAGUAGGUAAAGAAGACCCAGAGCAGGUCUAGACUAGAAGGGAGUACUAGGUAGAAUCGGUUGGUGGGAAGGCCUACAUAGGGAAAUCUUUCUGGGAUGGUCAGGAUGAAACUUCAGGCCGGGUAUUGAGGAUUGGGAACUCUUCAGCUCUGUCCUGGUAUUAGGAAAGAGGCA